AUGUGCUCUCAACAAUCUCAAAUCUCGGAUCUACCAGCAAUAACCACAUACCUGACCGGUCACAAUGAGUCUGGAAAAGCAAUUGUCGAACAGACCCGCCCAGCAAACUGGACAGUCUACGACAACAAAGAAAUGGCCUUCAACGUUGCCUACACAACCUCUCAAUUCCCAGCAAACCUAAACGACAACGCCGACAUCAAAGCCUACGACAGAGUCACAUCAUCAGGAAAACUUGGACUCGUGAAUCCACACGGUACAGUGUGUCGUACGGUAGACUUUGCGCCAGGCUUUGAAUGCAUGAUGCACAGAACACAGUCGCUGGAUUAUGGCAUUGUGAUUGCCGGAGAGAUUGAAUUGGUGUUGGAUUCUGGAGAGAGGCAGUUGAUGCGGCCAGGAGAUAUUGCUGUGCAGAGGGCGACGAUGCAUUCGUGGAAGAAUCCUAGUGAGAGCAAGUGGGCGAGGAUGACGUUUGUGUUGCAGGACUGUGAGAAGUUGGUCGUGGGUGGUGAGGUGUUAGGAGAGGAUCAUGGAAGGGGCACAGAGGGGUUGCCCAUGAGUGGAAACUAG